AUGUACUCUUUCAACAACAACGGCUACGACAACCAGCAACAACCGCAAGUCCUCAGCAACAAAUACAUCAGCAACAUCAAAAGAGACAACGACCACAACGACCUCAAACCACAGCAGCAACAAAACGUCGGCGCUUUUUCACCGCCUGCCUACCCAACACUGAAAAGCACCACUCAUACCGAUUUCGUCUCGAAAACUGCUGUACCGAAAUUGCUUGAUAUGACAAAUGAACAUGGCGCAAAUGUGGUCUACCCGACGAGCGUCUUGAACCCACGCCCCUACCAAAAUGGGGUAAAAAACCCCUUAGACUAUCAACCAUCCAUUCACCCUCUUUACCCUUAUUCUGGUGGUUUACAGAAAGGACAGGGCUACACAAAACUGCAGCCGUCAAACUCGCCACCCGACGCCGCCGGCUCUGUAGAAACGAGUACCGAGGCAGAUACCGAAUUUAUCGAAAAGUACUCGUAA